UCGGCGGCGGCGUCGACCCCAUGUCCCGCCCGGCCGGCGCGGAGUACACGCUGCGGAGCCUGGGCCACCUGAUGGGCGAGCGGAAGGGCGCCGGGGAGCGGAGCCUGCUGUCGGCGGGCGGCUCGGUCUCCAGCCUGGGCUCGUCGUCGGGCGCGGCGGCGGCGGAGCUGGAGCUGGAGCGGGCGGCGCGGCGGCAGUUCCAGGCGGGCGAGACGCCGGGCUUGGUGUACGCGGCGGCGGCCUUCUCGGCGCUGGGCGGCUUCCUCUUCGGCUACGACACCGGCGUGAUCUCCGGGGCGCUGCUCCUGCUCAAGCGCGAGCUCGGCCUCGACGCCGCCUGGCAGGAGCUGCUGGUCUCCGGCUCCGUCGCCGCCGCCGCCCUCGCCGCCUUCCUCGGAGGAGCCCUCAACGGGUGGCUCGGCCGGCGCGCCUCCGUCCUCCUGGCCAGCCUCGCCUUCGCCGCCGGAGCCGCCCUCCUCGCCGCCGCCCCCGGCAAGCACACCCUCCUCGCCGGGCGCCUCGUCGUCGGCCUCGGCAUCGGUAUUGCUUCUAUGACAGUUCCAGUAUACAUUGCGGAAGUUGCUCCACCUCAUCUAAGAGGCAGAUUAGUAACUAUAAAUACACUCUUCAUCACAGGAGGACAGUUCUUUGCAAGUGUUAUAGAUGGAGCCUUUAGUUAUCUUCCAAAAGAUGGAUGGAGGUAUAUGCUGGGUCUUUCAGCAAUUCCAGCUGUAAUACAGUUUUUUGGCUUCCUUUUUCUUCCUGAAAGUCCCCGCUGGCUUAUUCAAAAAGGGCAGACUCAAAAAGCACGUCGAAUCCUGUCUCGGAUGCGGGGAAAUCAAACAAUUGAUGAAGAAUAUGAUAGUAUCAAGAACAACAUAGAGGAGGAAGAAAAAGAAGUUGGUGCAGCUGGACCUGUGAUCUACAGAAUGCUGACCUAUCCUCCAACUCGAAGAGAGUUGAUUGUGGGCUGUGGUCUACAAAUGUUCCAACAGCUGGCAGGUAUUAACACAGUCAUGUACUACAGUGCUACUAUUAUGCAGAUGUCUGGUGUACAGAACGAGCGACUUGCAAUUUGGCUUGCUGCAGUUACAGCAUUCACUAAUUUCAUUUUCACUCUUGUUGGGGUCUGGCUUGUUGAGAAAGUGGGGCGCCGAAAACUCACACUAGGAAGUUUAGCAGGCACUACUGUGGCACUUAUUAUUUUGGCUUUGGGAUUUUUGGUGUCAGCUCAGGUUUCACCACAAGUCACCCUUAAACCCGAAGGCCCUUCAAGUCAAAACUCUACUUGCACAAAAUAUAGUUACUGCAAUGGAUGCAUGCUGGAUCCAGUGUGUGGCUUUUGCUACAAACUAAACAAGUCGAGUGUUGUGGAGUCCUCCUGUGUUGCUAUUAGUAAGAACUCUACAAUGGAAGCUGCCUGGGGCAGGUGUUCAAAUGAGACCAGACUCAAAACGGAAGACACAUAUUGGGCAUAUAACUUCUGUCCUACACCAUACUCAUGGACGGCACUCCUGGGACUUAUCUUAUACCUGAUUUGCUUUGCACCAGGAAUGGGACCAAUGCCUUGGACAGUAAAUUCCGAAAUAUAUCCCCUUUGGGCAAGAAGUACAGGAAAUGCAUGUUCUUCUGGUGUAAACUGGAUUUUCAAUGUUCUAGUAUCACUAACGUUUCUGCAUACAGCGGAAUAUCUCACAUACUAUGGUGCAUUCUUCCUGUAUGCAGGGUUUGCUUUUGUGGGACUCAUUUUCCUCUACGGCUGCCUUCCUGAGACUAAAGGGAAAAAACUAGAGGAAAUUGAAAGCUUGUUUGAGAAAUCGCUGUGUACAUGUGGCAUUACAGAUUCCGAUGAUGGGAGGUAUAUUGAAUAUAUCCGGGUGAAGGGAAGUAAUUACCAUCUUUCUGACAAUGAUGCUUCUGAUGUGGAGUGAUUUUCAGCUGCUGGCAUACUAAACCAUUUAAAAAGUCUUGGUGGGGGGAGACAGAAGGAGCCUCUUGAAUGAUGACCUCAUUGCCCUGCUUCUGGCCUGGUUCUCCUUUCUGCUCUCUCGACAGAAGCCCUUUCCUGUUCCAAACCAUGUCAAUUGAAGAGAAUAAAAUAAAAUGCAAUAUGGUUCCUUUAAUUAGCUAGAAGUGAAGGCUGGGAAAGGGAAGCAGGGAAUCCCUGUGAGGAUAUGAGUAUUCCAGCUGUGCAUUGCCGCAUGCCUGAGGUCCUCAAAUCUGUGAUACCACACUAUUGAUCAGGUGCCAUUUGUAGUUGUCCAUCUUGCAAAAUUUCAAAAAGGGCAGCUAGUCAGAAACCAGAUGAAUCAUAAAAGUAUGGUUACCUGGCAACCAAGGUAUGACACAAAAGUGCAAAAUAAUGGUGGGAGGGAAUCUGCUUUCGGCUGUGGAAAUCGUAAUUUAUUUGGAAAUGUGACUUCUUCCCAAAGAAAAUGAAUCAAUCUUGCUCGCACGAAGCAGGCAAGUCUGUUUGGCUUCACUUCUUGUUUGCUUGCUUUGGGCAUGUCUAUCUUUAAAUAAGCUAAAAUCCAUUUUAACUGUCCUUGUCUCAUAUGAGGAAACGUGCGAAAUGAAGCUGGGGAGAGACGGCAGGCUGCCCGACAGAGAUUUUUGCUGUUCUGUAGGGACCGGAUGAUGUUUGUGAAUAGUUGAAACACAACUGCAUGGAAGCUUUGAACUCUGUGGCAGUUGUGUAUGAUGGUCUCUCCCAAGAGUUCAAAGCAAACCUCUUGAGCUAUGUUAUAGCCGCAGCCCAUCUAUCCAUCUAUCCACCCCUCUUUGUACUUUGCUUUUACAUACUGAAAUCACCAAAGUUGGAAGCUUUCUUAAAGUUGACCUCCUUCAUAGAAUCAUAGAGUUGGAAGAGACUCCAUGGGCCAUCCAGUCUAACCCCCUGCCAAGAAGCAGGAAUGUUGCAUUCAAAGCACCCCUGACAGAUGGCCAUCCAGCCUCUGUUUAAAAGCUUCCAAAGAAGGAGUCUCCAUCACACUCCGAGGCAGAGAGUUCCACUGUUGAACGGCUCUCACAGUCAGGAAGUUCUUCCUAAUGUUCAGAUGGAAUCUCCUUUCUUGUAGUUUGAAGCCAUUGUUCUGUGUCCUAAUCUCCAGGGAAGCAGAAAACAAGCUUGCUCCCUCCUCCCUAUGACUUCCUCCCACAUAUUCGCUUGCUUCCUCCCAAACCACAGGAUUUUACAAGGGUGAGAAUCCCCCCUCUAUUCUAGACCCAAGGGAAACCUCCCUUCCCAGUCCUCCGUGCCAGACGCCCUAGAGAGGCCAUUCUAGAAGUCUACCCUAAACUCACAAGGUGGUGCCACAGCAAUUACCCAAUUGAAUUGAAUUUUUUAAACAUGUCAUGAAAACCUAUUUAAAUUACAGCACAUUAAGCUAAUUACCCCCACCCCACCGCAAAAGGAAAAACCCUUGGGGGGAAAUUCCUACCCGGCCCUGAUGUGACCAGUUAUGAACUCACACUAUCCUGAAGGUGGAAGUGUUGGUUCAAACAUGGCACCUUUCUGGGUUGCCAUCUUGACAUUCAACUCAGAAAUACCACUUCCCUGACAGGCAGGUUCAAAAAGUGAUACUGACAGAUUAUGUCACCAGGCAUAUGCUACAAUUUUCUGAACUUUAUUGGUUAUAAUAACCAGUAUUUAACAACUGAAGUAAGAACUAGAUAAUAUGCUUGACAAAAGCAUAUGAUUUAUUUCUUCUGAAAUCAUAGCAUUUCAAAUGUUUGAGUGCUCCUCUGUAGAAAAAUCCCAUGGCUCUACAAAGACUCGUCUUGAAAUGCUCACUUUUCAGGAAUCAAGGGACAAUUUACUUUGGGAGCCAAUCAAAUAUGUGAUACUUCAAAAAAAAAUCCCCAUGAAAGUUGUAGCAUACAACUUUCAAAUAUACAGCCCUAAAUUCUGUAUAUUUAGGGCUUUUAUAUCCCGUCCUUUCUCAACCUCCGUAGAGGGACUCAGGACGGAUUACAAAGUGGUACCCCAUGGCGCUCACAUCAAAACAU